AAAAAACAGGAAGUGAGAAUAAGAACACGAGCAGAAGCAGAAGGGUCGCUGCACUUAUGAGCUGUUUGAAUGGAGGCGACUGUUUGUUAGGUAUUAAUGAAUAGACCUAAUAGGCUACAUAACUUAAUGAAGCACAAAAUGUGCCAAAGCUAAUUGUAGAUAAAUUCCUUUAAUGACUCAAUCCUCAAGCGCAAACCCUGAUCCACCUUUAUUUUAAUGGACAGAGGAAGAGGAAGAAGAGGUAAAGAAGAGGACAGAGAUGUCCGUCUGUCCAAAUCAAUGUCUUAUGUGCUUCGUCAUGGAGCUGCAAAGAUGGGGCUUCAACUGGCCACAGAUGGUUUCCUGUACGUGAAGGACCUCUUGGCUCACCCCCAGUUUCACAUGUACACAUCAGAAGACAUCGAAAGAGUCGUUGCUACAAACGAAAAGCAACGCUUUAAGCUCCGCUCCCACCCAGACGAUGGCCGGCUGCAGAUUAGAGCCAAUCAGGGACAUUCUGUACAGGUAAUGGAUCUGGAGCUAAAACCAGUCCUAGCUGGUUCUCUGGACUGCCCCACUGAAGCCGUUCAUGGCUCCUAUCUCCGCAACUGGGUGUCCAUUCAACAACAUGGUCUGAGCCGCAUGAAUAGGACUCACAUUCACCUGGCGCCUGGCCUUCCAGGGGAAGAUGGCGUCAUAAGCGGCAUGCGGAAAAACUGUGAUCUGGCUGUGUUUAUUGAUGUCCCCAGAGCACUGGCUGAUGGUAUCGAGUUCUUCUGGUCAGAGAAUAACGUGUUGCUGACUCCAGGUGAUUCUGAGGGUAAACUCCUUCCCAAAUACUUCACACGAGCCCUGAGACUCAGGCCUACAAGGAGCGUCCUUCCCCUGCAGUAA